AUGGAUGACAACAAUGGAGCUGGUCAUGAGCAGGGACAAGCUCAAGCCAAUGCUGUAAGACGUCGGAUCAACCGGCAAGCAGUAGGUGAACAAGGUGUCACCUACAUGGAGUGCAGGCGCAACGUUUCUCUCCCUGCUGGUCACUACUCCGUCGACGGCUGUAGUGAGUUUCUCAAAAGGGAAGCUGGUCGUGAAAACGCCAUGCUUUGCGACGCCUGUGGCUGCCACCGGAGCUUUCAUCGCAAAGUGCUUCCAACCCUUUACUCGGAAGCCACACACUACCUCGUAUUUAACGACAUUCCUUCCGUUCGCCCAAUGCCACAGCCGCAGCAGCCACCGAUACCUCUCGUGCCACAACCGGAACUGCCCCAUGAACAAGUCGCUGAAAGUGAAAGUGAAGGAGAAGAAGAAGAAGAAGAAAGGUCAGGGACCGAUGAAGAAAGUGAAGACAGGUCAGAGUUAGACAGUGAAAGUGAGGUUGAUGAGGUGGAAAUGAUCAAUGGAGGCGAAAAGGACAGCAAGGAAGACUAA